CUGGGAUUAUAGGCCUGCCCCACCACACCUGGCUCAUGUGUGUUGUUUUAAUGUUGAUUCCUUCUGUCCCUUCCAGUUUUCUCUUGAGGAGUUGCGGCUUACAUGCCUGGACUUGGGCUUUUGUGAUGAGCAUGGGGUGUGCUCCCUGGCCCAUCUGGCUGGUGUCAGUGAAGCCAUCUGUAUCCACCUAAUCACUCUGUCACACAGACAUCAUCUCCACACACUUCAGAAAGGAUGCUGGCUUUCCCAAACAGAAACGGGUGACAAGACCACUCCAUCUAUGAAAAGCCCCAGGCAUAUGUGCCCAUCUGAGCCAAGGCAGGUGGCACUAGAGGAGCUCUGUGGCAGAGUCACUGACUGCAGCCCUUACCCCAAUUCUCAGAGUUAUGUUUGGCAUUUAGUGUCUCUUUCCUCAGGACACUGGCAUCGGGAUGACACAGGACGAGCUGGUAUCCAACCUAGGCACGAUUGCCAGGUCAGGCUCAAAGGCCUUCCUGGAAGCACUACAGGACCAGGCGGAGGCCAGCAGCAAGAUCAUUGGCCAGUUUGGAGUGGGUUUCUACUCAGCCUUCAUGGUGGCUGAUAGAGAGGAGGUCUAUUCCCGCUCUGCGGCUCCAGGAAGUCCAGGCUACCAUUGGCUUUCAGAUGGUGUCACUUGCAGACUGCUUCUGUUGUGGAGCAGUUCACGACUGACCAGGGCUCAAGUUUCUAAGGUAGAGGGCACCUACUGGAGGCCUGUGGAGUGGCUGGCAGCCCUGCAGAGGCAGAGGCAAAGCUCGCAGAGGUGGAUUUCCUAGCAGAGCGGAGUCAGCUAAAGAGGACAAGUGAGCUACAAGGUCAGUGGAAAUGUUCGACAAACCCACUGUAACGGGCUGGGGCUAUGCCUGGGCGUGUCCUCCUGGCUCUCAGGACCCUGACACCCGCUCUGAGGACCCCAGCCUCACACAUGGAGGGGACCCUGCUCAGAAGGCUGUUUGUAUUUGGGAGACACUUAGGUCCCUCCAGAACUGGGGAAAAUUUUCAUUAUAGCCCUUGCCAGAAACGUUGUUGGGCCCUCGCUGUCUGGCCAGGAAGAAGAGCUUUGUAGAUGGGUGCCCCACUGGGAACAAGCUCACAUCUGAACCUGUGGGCUUGGGCUACAGGGGUACUGACUUCUAACAUGCAUUUUGGAAAAUGUUUUUAGAUAAACGUCUUGCCAUUUGUGUAUCUCGCAAGAGCACUGUGCAAAAUAGACGUGUGUGGGAGUAACAGGCAGCCAGGCAGAGCCAUUGGGGAUGCUGUUCUUCUGGUCUCACGUGCCACCAAGCAAAUGCCAAUUAUUUCACCAGUGUGCUGGGCUCAGCAUGGCUGGCCAAGUGUGACCGUGCAGCUGUCAUGAGUCUCAGCAGUCUAGAUGUAUGUUGUCCUGUGGAAUUUUCCACCUCCUUUUUAAUGAGGAAUAAAGUCACACAGGCUGGUGAGCCCAGGCAGAGUCAUAGGCCAAGGGCAGCGUGCUGAGCUGAGGGAGGCCUGUGACGUGCUCAGGGAUUAAUGUCACAGCAAAGACAUGGCCCUUUUCUUUUGUCCUCCAAGAUGCUCUGUCCUUGAGGCCUCCCAAGGUGUGCCCUCCUGUGGGGAGAGUUUUCCCUGGUGGGCCACAAUAGCCAUGGGCUCUUCAGCAUUUCCCAUCAGUUCCAGCUGAGGGCCUAGUGCCCAGGUUGUCACCUGGAUGCCUGCAGUGUCCUCUGAGGAGAGGCUUUUCCCUGCAGUGUUUAUGGAGGAAGGGAUAUCCUCACCCAGACAGGAGGGUAUCCCAGGGAGGACAGGGCAGGUGAAAGUGUAGCUCAGCAUACCCGUUUCCAUAGAGCACACUUGUUCCAGCGUGACAAACAUGACUUCUCCAGGGAGCUGGGAUUCUGGUUGAGAUACUGGCCAUAAAUAAGAGUGACAUGGACAUGAACAAGUACAUUAAAACAAAGUGACAAGGCUGUGUUAAAAAUCAACUGUGGGUCCACUGCCUGCUUCACAAGUGCAAGGAUCAGAGUUCGAUCCCUGGUACCAAAAAAAAAA